AUGUUUGGCACGAGCAGUAACAGUGGCACAGGCGGAGGGCUAUUUGGGUCAUCGAAUGCCAAUAGUAACAGCAAUAGCAACACAUUUGGCGGAGGAAUUUUUGGCAAUAGGGCGGCAUCUACAUCAUUUGGAUCACAACAACAACAACAGCAGCCGCAGCAGCAAUCACAGCAGAAUGCGUUUGGUCAGUCUGGUACGUCAGGCGGUUUAUUUGGACAGUCACAAUCGAAUAAUACGGGAUCUGCCAAUACCGGUCUUUUUGGAUCUAGCCAACCCAAGCUGUCAGGUGGACUACUUUUUGGUUCAAAUCAAUUAAAAAGCACAACACCAACUACAAACAUUUUUGGAUCUAAUACAGGUAAUUCAGCUUUCGGGAAACCUGCGGGAACACUGACAGGUGGUGGACUAUUUGGCAAUACUCAACAGAGCGGCACAGGAGCAAUAGGAGGACUAUUUGGCAAUACUCAACAGAGCGGCACAGGAGCAACAGGAGGACUAUUUGGCAAUACUCAACAGAGCGGCACAGGAGCAACAGGAGGACUAUUUGGCAAUACUCAACAGAGCGGCACAGGAGCAACAGGAGGACUAUUUGGCAAUACUCAACAGAGCGGCACAGGAGCAACAGGAGGACUAUUUGGCAAUACUCAACAGAGCGGCACAGGAGCAACAGGAGGAUUGUUUGGCAAUACUCAACAGAGCGGUACUGGAGCAACAGGAGGAUUGUUUGGUGGUAACCAAGGUGGUCUUUUUGGCUCCAGCAAUAACCAAAGCGGUACGUUGUUUGGCUCAAAACCUGCCACUACAACAACAGGAGGAACUCUUUUCGGACAACAGCAACAACAACAACCACAACAAAUAGGAGUUGUUCCAACAAACACUACAAAUUAUCAACAGCCGUCUUUUAGUUGGAGCCAAUCUCAACAAUCAAACGUUUUGAAUUUCAAUCAGAACCAAACCAAAACACUUGGCCAAAGCGUCAAUCAACAGCCAAACCCUAAUCAAUACCUAUACACCCCAGCAAUUAACGAUCAAUUGGCCAAAAUUUGGGAGCAGUGGGAUCCCAAUUCAGCUAAAUGUGGAUUAAAGACACACUUUUAUAACAAGUUUGACGAUCAGCAAAUUAAUCAGUUGCUAUUGCAGCCACGACCAGCCAAUGAAACUGUAGAGGACUGGGACAAAGCUAUGGCAGAGAGACCUGGCCCUAACUUUUAUCCUCAGAAAAUUACUUCAUUCACCGAAGUUGCACAAAGGAUUGAAGCUCAAUUGAACCAAGUGGCGAAAUCAAGGGUAAUUUUGAACACAAUCAAUGAAAGAUUAAAUACAUUAUCUGCAAAACACGAUUUAGAGAACACAACGAGAAUAUUGAAGGCAAAGGCAAGACACACUCAAUUAUCAAGGAGAGUUCUAAGGCUAGCGACGGUAUUGGCCAUUCUCAAAUUGAAAGGCUACCCAUUGUUACCUGAAGAAGAAGAAAUAGCAAAGCAGUUUGAUAUUUUGACUUCUAAGAUAAAUGAUCCUAAUAGCCCCAUUGGUAAGCUUAGUGAUAUUUUUGCCAAAUUGGCUAUACUCAAGGAGAGAGCAGAGGACUUGAAUUCUCAAUUUGAUCAAUCUAUGCAUUCUUUGAAUGGAUCAUUAAGCAAUGACAUUCUGGCGAAGGAACAAGCUAAAGAAGACAGCGACAACAAUGAGGAUGCAAUUGACAAGAUUGCCAAGAUUUUAUUGAGGCAACAAAUGGGGUUGAACUAUCUCAACGACGUAUUGGAGAAGGACUCUGAGAAGGUGAAAAAAUUGGUUGAAGUGAAGAGUAAAUAG